AUGAGUGGUUUACGCAAUACUAUGAAGGGUGGCUGGCACCCUGAAGGCAAGGAAGGUGGAAAGGAGAGCUGGCGUGGUGAUUUCAAAGGCAUUAACCAAGUGGCUGGGUGGAUGGGAAAGGGCAAGGAGGGUGGCUCUUCCGGCUCUGGGUCGGGGAAGAACUCUGAAUCGCAAGGGGGUAUCAGAGGCUCCGUGUCUGGGUGGAUGGGAAAGGGCAAGGAAGGCGACUCCUCUAGUUCCGGGCAGGGCUCCUCAUCACAGGGCGGUAUCAGAGGCCAAGUGGCUGGGUGGAUGGGAAAGGGCAAUGACUCCAACUCCAGUCGCGCUGAUCACGUCUCACAACCGUUGUCAGCCCUAAAAGACCCAUCCUCCUUCGGGCCGCCUCCCAAGCAUAUCAAUUACCAUGGAGCAGCCGCGGUGCCAAAUCAGACAACACCCGACCGCCGGGGUCUCGGAGCUCCACUUUCCCAGGAACAGAUCAACGUCCAGGAAUCCCAACGACAAGAAGUAGCCGAAGCAGAGGAGGCAGAGCAAAAGCCCGCGCCGCCUCCGGUCCCGUAUCGCGUUGACACAAGCGGGCUUUCUACAAACCAUCUCCCUCCACCACCAGUACGGCGACUAGACUCGGCAAGUUCUGCCUCAACAAGCUCAAUCUCAAAGUCAAAACCACCAAAGCCACCGCCACGGCUUCCUGCCCGCAAUGGAUCCCCCAGCUCCGAUGCGCCGCCCGCUUAUUCCUCUGCGCCGGUACUCUCUCACGAUUAUAUUAAUCAAGAUGCUACGUCCCGUCUAGCAAGCGCGGGCGUCUCGGUUCCAGGUUUGGGGAUAGGCCAGGAGAAAUCUUCGUCGCCUGCACAUACGCCUGUCAAUGAGCUGCAGUCACGCUUCUCCCGGAUGAAUACCAUGGGAUCCCCAUCAGCACCAAACCCGCCUGCUCAAGCCUCGACCAACAUUAACCCGCAAUCUGCGAGCAACACAUCUUCUCUCCAGCAAUUCCGUGACCAGCAUGCGGGAUCCAUCGAUUCGGGAAAACAGAAAUAUGGUGACUUCCGCGAGCGCCACGCAGAUACCAUCGAUUCGGGGAAGCAAAAGUACGGUGACUUCCGCGAGCGCCACGCAGAUACCAUCGAUUCGGGGAAGCAAAAGUACGGUGACUUCCGUGAGCGUCACGCGGACUCCAUUGAUUCAGGCAAACAGAAAUUGAGUGGCUACGCAUCGCGGCUCACUGGCUCUUCUCCAGCGCCUAGCCCACUGGCCCGGCCCGUGUCUCACACUUCUAGCAUGAACUUAGAACCGGCCGAGCCCGCACGGGGCACAUCCUCCGUGCAAGAUUUCCGUGAACGCCAUGCCGACAAGAUCGACAUGGGGAAGGAGAAGUGGGGCGGAGUUACCUCGCGCUUUAACACAUUUGUCGAGGACCGCAAGUUCUCUGCCGAAGCCAACAAACGGAUUCCACGGCCACCUUCUCGUCCGAUCUCCACAGUCCAAUCGAACUCUGCAUCACCCACUGAACCUGACAUUCAGACUCAAGUCCAACGCAAGAAGGCCCCACCACCACCUCCCAAGCGGGCUGAAUUUCGUGCGUCCCCUGUUGACGCUUCGUCGCCAUCACUCCCGGGACCUCCCCCCGUCCCCCAUAGCACUAAGCCUCGCUAA